AUGGAAUCUCAGCAUUCGGUCUCUCCAAUUUGGAAUAGAGAGAAGGGUAUUGGGGGUUACGAUGAAGAGAAAUGGACUAACCUUGAAUGCUACAAUUCCUACGAGAACUCCAAGUGCGAAGUAGAUGAAGGCAACGAUGAGCCAAAUAAUUCCCCAGACUGUAAAUCGCAGUUAAUACGUAUCACUUUGUCAGGAAAUGAUCCAUCAAACGAGUGCAAAGAGAUUGCCCGAAAGUUAGACAUGAAGGAAUACCUACCAUACAUGCAGCUCAUCACGCCUAUAAAUAGGACAAGGAAUCUCAAGGCGAUAGAUUCCUUGAUAAACCAAAAGGCAAUGAUGAUACCAGCAAAACUUAAUAUAAGCACCCAGCUCCUACAAAGGAUAUAUCAGUAA